GAAGGAGUUGGGGGAAACAGGAAUGGGGGUGCAGGGGUGUAGGAUCCAUGGAGAAGACAGAAGCAAGUAAGUAGGAGAACUCUUCAUCUGUCGGCUCAUGGAUGAACAUUGGGAUGGAGGGACGACGCAGAGGUCUUCUCCCCAUGGACCCAACAUUUGGGUGGGCACCUUCCUGUGCUUGAUCAUUCUACUGACCACCUUGGGUAACUCUCUCCUCAUCCUCCUCAUCUUCACUCAGAGGUCACUUCGGAACACUUCUAAUUACUUCCUGGUGUCUCUUUUCAUGUCUGAUCUCAUGGUGGGACUGGUAGUCAUGCCGCCGGCCAUGCUGAAUGAGCUCUAUGGCAAAUGGAUCCUGGACGUGGACUUCUGCUGCAUCUGGUACUCCUUCGACGUCAUGUGCUGCAGUGCCUCCAUCUUGAACCUUUGCGUCAUCAGUUUGGACCGCUAUUUGCUCAUCAUCUCCCCCCUGAAGUACAAACUGAGGAUGACUUCUUGCCGGGCCCUCUGCUUGAUUUUAGCCACGUGGACGUUGGCCGCCUUGGCUUCCUUCUUGCCCAUUGAGAUGGGGUGGCAUGAGCAGGACUUUGAUCUACAGCACAUCAACAUGACUUCUGGGGCAGAGGAGAAGCAAUGCCGCCUCAUUGUCAGUUUACCUUACGCCUUAGUGGCUUCUUGCCUCACUUUCUUCUUGCCUUCAGUAGCCAUCUGCUUCACCUACUGUCGGAUCCUCUUGGCUGCCCGGAAGCAGGCCCUCCAAGUGGCAUCUCUGAUAACCAACGUGCCCAGCGCAUCCGAGGAUCAUGCACAGGUGCUGGACAGCAGAAAGUUUGUGACAAAACACAGUAAGAAAGCGCUGAAGGCCAGUCUGACUCUGGGCAUCCUGCUGGGCAUGUUCUUUGUGGCUUGGCUACCUUUCUUCGUGGCAAAUGUAGUCCAGGCAGUGAGUGACUGUGUGCCCCCCAGUCUGUUUGAUGUCCUCACCUGGCUGGGAUACUGUAACAGCACCAUGAACCCUAUUAUCUACCCCCUGUUUAUGAGAGACUUUAAACGAGCGAUGGGUAAGUACCUGCCUUGCUGCCGCCGCUCCCGUGUCAUCUCCCUCUCUAUCCGCAACUCCAACAGUGCCCCGCGCCUGGGUUUCUCGCUGAGGAACGUGUUGACCUUGCGGGGGGAGACAGAAUCCAUGUACUCGGCCACUGUGGGCAACGAGCAUCUCCUGCCCACCAAGGAACACAGCACCGACCCACUCCCUGUGACUGCCUCCGACUCCGUCAACCUCUUCGACCUGGAGCAGGAACUGCAGGUGCAUCAGCUGAACACGCCAAUGGACUGACCCAAUGUUCUCUUGUUCCUCUGAGUGUCAGACCAAAACAGAGAAAGAGAGAGAGAAAAAAAAAUCUACUUUUAAUAAUGGACUUUUGACUUCAUUUCAAGGACAACAGAUUGGGUGGGGACAGGGCUGGGCAUCAUAUCUAUUACUGUAUGUUUUUUAAUUUUUUUAAUGUCAAGAAGUAAAAAAAGAAACAAAA